GAUGCGUAUAUAUAUAAUGGACCAACGAUUAUUGUGGUAGCAAUUCGAUCACUCGUUGAUAGACAUGCCGAGUAGCACCCUUGAUCUGCUUGGUAGCGGCUUGUUCCUGGGAUUCGACUCCUCCACACAGUCUCUCAAGGCGACCGCUGUGGAUGACAAGCUACGCGUGGUUGCGUCCCAGUGCGUGAAUUUCGAUUCGGAGCUCCCGCAGUAUGGCACCCGGGGAGGCGUGCUUCACCGGGAGAAAGAGGGCAGCAUCACCGCCCCGUGUAUCAUGUGGGUGGAGGCGCUGGAGCUCCUACUGGGUAAGCUCGCGGCGGAGAAGUUCCCCUUCCACAAGGUGGUGGCGCUCUCCGGGAGCGGCCAGCAGCACGGCAGCGUCUACUGGAGAAAGGGCGCGGCCCAGUUGCUGGGCGAUUUGGAUGUGGCCGGGGAUGACGAUCUAGCGGCCCAGCUGCGCGAUCGUGCCUUCUCCACGCACGACUCGCCCGUGUGGAUGGACUCGAGCACCACGCAGCAAUGCAGGGCCAUCGAGGAGGCGCUGGGUGGCGCCGCCAGUGUGGCGUCGCUCACGGGAUCGCGCGCCUACGAGAGGUUUACGGGGCCACAGAUACGGAAGCUGUACGAGAGGCAGCCCGAGGUGUACGGUGACACGGAGAGGAUAUCGCUGGUGAGCUCCUUCAUGGCCUCCAUCUUCUUGGGUCGCUAUGCCAGCAUCGACUACAGCGACGCUGCCGGGAUGAACCUCAUGGACCUCGAGAAACGCUGCUGGUCACACGCAAUGCUUGAGGCAACAGCUCCGGGACUGGAACAACGUCUAGGCCCCCUGGCUGCAUCUCACGAGGUGGCCGGGAACAUCCAUCCCUUUUUCGUGACAAAGUACGGUUUCCCGUCCGAGUGCCUUGUAGUUCACUGGUCUGGUGACAAUCCCUGCAGUCUCGCAGGCUUAGCAUUGGAACAUCCCGGUGAUAUAGCAAUCAGCCUUGGUACCAGUGACACGGUGUUUGGGGUGACGCGGAAUCCUCAGCCCGGACUCGAGGGCCAUGUCUUCCCAAAUCCUGUGGAUGUUAUGAAUUCUUACAUGGCCAUGUUGUGCUAUAAGAAUGGCUCGCUCACCCGGGAAGAUAUGAGAGAUCGCUACGCUGGCGGCUCCUGGCAGAAAUUCAAUCUUCUUUUGCAGCAAAGUCCUCCAUUGAAUGAAGGAAAGCUCGUCUUUUUUUACAAGGAGCCGGAGAUCUUGCCACCUCUCCCAGCUGGGAUGCAACGUUAUGUCGUGGAUGGCGACAGUGUGUCGGAAGUAGCCGGCGAGUUCUCUCCAUCGGAGGAGGUGCGAGGUCUGGUGGAGGGCCAGUUUGCGUCAAUGCGGGCUCACGCGGAGCGCAUUGGCCUGCCCAUGCCACCCAACCGGAUAAUUGCAACGGGUGGAGCAUCCGCCAACCAGCAACUGGUGCAGCUCAUGGCUAACGUCUUUGCUUGCGAUGUCUACCAAGCCCAGCAAACGGACUCGGCGUCGGCAGGAGCGGCAAUCCGUGCAGCUCAAGGCUGGGCAUCGCACCGGCAGCAACGAUUCGUUCCUCUCUCGGAGCUCAUCCACAAUACUGCGGCUGCCCCCAACGACAGCGCUGUGUUCUUGAAGCUGGUUGCGUCCGCACAGAGCUGCGACGAUGGCUACGAGCGCAUGGCCGCGACGAGGGCCAAGAUCGAGCAGCAGCUGCUGCUUGCGAGGCACUCUUGUUAAGCAGCACUGUGCUGUGUUUGCUUGCCACCUUUUGGUAAUCUAAGCUCGUGGCGGGCGGGCUGUCCCUGGCCGAGAAAGGCACCACGUAAGUAGCAAUCAGGACCAUGUAAACUCGGGCUGCUACUGCCUUUGUGUCGCAAUCAAUUGGCCAAAAGAUUGGAAUAGAUAAAUAUAUUGUUUUCGUAUG